AUGAAGAAGAAGAAGAAGAAGGUGAAGAUCAGAGAAGAAGGUUGUGUGGUAAAGCAGCGUCGUCUUCUUCUUCUUCUCUUGUCCUUUCCGUGCUGCUGUGGACUGACAGACGAUCCCAGUGCAGCAGCUCCAGAUGUUUCCGGUCCUGUAGCUGGAGAGGAGACGGAUCACAGCUGUGAUGGAAAUCAGGAGUUCAGCCCCGAGCAACAGAGGGCUCUAGGUGGCGCUAUAGAGCGACUGGGUUUACGGCUUCUGGAAAACCUUCCUGUUGGUCCACAGCAGCCGAACGUCCUCCUGUCCCCUCUCAGCUCUUUGUUCCAUUAAAAUGUUCACUCAGGUUCUCGUAACGAGACGGAGAAGCUGCUGCUGACGAGCCUCGAGGCCAACUCUCUACCCUGUUACCAUCACGUCCUGGGAAGCCUGGUCCCUCGCCUCGGCCACGCCUCCCUGGACCUGGCCUCACGCAUGUACCUGCGACCAGGGUUUGAGGUGAAGCUGCCGUUUGUGUUGGACUCUCUGGCCAGGUAUCAGUUCCAACCUGUUCCUCUGGUCUCUGUAGACGAGGUCAACCAGUGGCUGGAGAACGCCACCGCUGGUCACAUGCCCGACUUCCUGGAGAGUGUUCCACACGACGUGGUGCUCAUGCUGAUCAAUGCUGUUUACUUUAAAGGGGACUGGCAGACUCGAUUUGACCCCCAAGUGACCUCGAAGGGAGUCUUCUACCUGGACGGCCAGAACUCGGUGUCAGUGGACAUGAUGAAGUCUGCUCAGUGUCCUCUCCGCCUCCUGGAAGAACUCUCUUUGCUCUCUCUUGUGCAGGUUGCCAGUUUUCCCUUCAAGUGAAAUACCAGCUUCCUAAUCGUCCUGCCUGUUCCAGGGAGGGACAACGUGUCCUCUGUGCUUCCCAGACUGAACAUCUCAGACCUCUAUAGACGUCUACCUCAGGAAACCAUGCAGGUCAACUUACCAAAGGUGAAGCUGCACUACCACCAUGAUCUCCAGGAGGCGCUGACCAGACUGGACCUGGGUUCUCUGUUCUCAGGACCCGACCUGUCGGGGGGGCGACCGGCCCCUGAAGGGGACGUGUCCUCCGCCGCCGCCACGGCUGUGACCUCCAUGCGCUCCGUCUCCAUCUUCUCAGUCAACUCGCCCUUCCUCUUCGCCCUCGUGGACGAUGCCUCCCUGGUGCCGCUCUUCAUGGGCAUUGUCACAAACCCCGCCCCCAACAAAGACGCCAUGCUCAAAGAUGAUCCUCACAGCAACAGCUCCAUGAGCGACCAGCCGGUGUCCGGGGAAGAGACAGAAACAGCAACAGGAUGCUGCAGCGCCCCCGCUGGUGACUAACAACAACUGCAGAGUGUAAAUGGACUGGAGGACAUCGGGCAGAAGACGCCACGAGACAACGAAACCUGCUCCAAACCAGUCGCCGCGGCAACCAAAUUGAAAUGUUGGUCGUCAAUAGUUUGACCUUUUGUUGUGUUUGUUGCUGAGGGUUCGAUGCUCAGACUGAAGUCUCUACAUGAAGCAGCUAGUUAAUUAAACUUAGCAUAAAACUAGAAAUCUUGUUUAUUAAUUCUCAUCUAAUCUAUGAAAGAGAAUGUUGAGCUCGUUUCCCAAAGGGUCGGAUGUUUGGUUCUAGGUCCGUUCAGAUCCCCUGGGUCCGGUGUGGGUCAACAUGCAUUGUGUUAUUAAAGUGGGGAAAUUCAAAUGCAGCAACAUUACUGUGAUCAGCAAGUUUUGUAUGAAGAGUUCAACAUUGGAAAGUUCAGACAGUGACACACGUUAGUAACGACCACUUUCACCUCUGGAAUCAUUCUGCUCCAAAUUAAACUCA